GAACUAUGUGACAAUAUCCGUCACUGCACAACCAACAAAGUAUCGCAGGAUUUGUACUCAAAAUGGUAUCGAUAGUUAAAGUACAGUGAACAGCUCACGCCCUACUGCGAAUCAAGGAACGCUGCUAGUAAUACUGCAAAUGAUAUCUUUUCUGAUUCACAGAAAGGCAACAAUUGCAGCCUACGCCUUAGAAAGCAGAUAAAAACAACUGCACACGCAAGGAGAGUUGCUAGCAUCGCUAGCAAAAUAAAUUCAGUUGUGCUAGCCAACAAGCUAGCUACGCAGAACAGCAAUAAGUUAUGGAGCCAUCAGAGCAGUCUGCUGCAGACCCAGAGUCCCAGGAGGUAAAUCCAGUCUACCUUCAGCAGCUGCGAGAGCUGGACAUUCCUGAGGAGGCUGCAAAGCAGGCCCUGUUGCAUACACGAAAUGUGUCUGCAGAAGAGGCAGCCAUGUACUACUUCAACAAGCUAGAGAAUGAGGAAGAAGGAGAUGAGGAUCUGAUGUUCAAAAUGGUGUUUGUUGUAAACAUGGAUCUGUCAAUGGGUGUCGGCAAGGUGGCAGCCCAGGUUGGGCAUGCAGCUGUGGGCUUGUACCAGGCCAUGCAGGAGAAGAAUAGCUGGAGAGAGAUGGCCUGGAAGUGGGACCAUUCUGGGGCUAAGAAGGUUGUGUUGCAAGGAUCUAACAUGGCUCACCUGCUAGAACUCCAGGCUUUGGCGAUGAGUCUUAGUUUGCCGACAUACCUAGUACAGGACGCUGGACUGACUCAGGUGGAGUCUGGCUCUCGAACCGUCCUGGCCAUCAUUGGAGAGGAAGAGAUGGUGAACAACGUCACCGGAAGUCUAAAACUCCUCUGAGCACGGAUUUGAGGGUGCUGUGAAAAUGAACGGCUAUGCAGUACCACCCUUUAACCACCUGGGGGCGGCAUAGCUUCACAACAGCUACUCUUGGCAUGCAAGCGUUAUAAAACAGCCCAUUUUCAAAAAGAAUACAAAGAUACCGAGGACACCAUCCUCCCUAACAAACACACAUAUUCACAAUCACUUACACAGAUAUUUGUUUCCUUUCCGUGUCACUGAUAAGUGUGAUGGAAAGGCCACUCAGCGGGAGAGACGCCGAUAUCUUAGGUUUAUGAAAGCUUGAGGCCCCUUGUGUCCAUGUCCGAGACAUUAUUUCGAGACAUUAUAUAACUUGGACGCCCGAGUUUACAAUGAUGACGAUAGAAAACGAGGUGAUAAGAAAGAUGGCCAUAGUAGAGGUAAAAAUCAUGUUUGUUGUGAAAUAAAAUUUCGUGACUAGUCAUUAUUUAAACACCAACAUGUUACCAGCGUUCCAUGAAUAUAUAUGAGAAAGUCUUAAAAUAGGACCCAGUGUUUUUUGGUGAUCUUCGAGCCAAAGUAGUUGCCGUGGAAAAGAUAGAUUGUAAAUUAUGAUUCUAAAUGUAGGAUAACAGUGUCCCUUAAAUUUCUAAUAAGAUUGCCACAUCACUGAAGGUUUUUCCUUUACUGCUUCUUUGAUGUUAAAAUCAAUGUAUGUGUACUUUUAUGUAGCCUAUGGUAGUGACAUGCCCUCCCUGGGGAUCCCAUUUUAGGAAUGACUAAUGCAUAUCAACGUAAAAUUGGCAAGCUUUCCCAUAUGUAUUGUGCAGUGCCAUGUUUAAUAUUUCCCUGCAAUUGCUGUUGGACUCUGUUACCUUAACUUUUUUUUUCUGCUGACGGGAAGAGGUCAUCUUGACAGUGGAGUGCUCUCAUCUGGAACAAUGGGACCUUUAAUUUUGUUUCAUAACAUGCUCUUGAUAGCACUGUAACACUAUUGCAGAUCUGAACCCUGUGCGCAUUGUUAUUAGGCAUGGGGUGAGGUUGAUGUUGUAUGUUUACAAAUGUGUCGUGUUCCUAUUCUUCCUUAAUUCAGAAAAGUAUGUGUAAUGGUUUUAAGUGUGAUUAAUGAAGAUAUGAAGGGGUGUUAAAACAAGACAUGAACGAAUCACAA